AAUAAUACUUAAAUCAGCAGUCGCGGUGUGUGAGUUUAGUGUCCUACAGUUGGUUUCAACAGUGCUACACAGCUCGAUUUUUUUAUUGUUGAAGCCUUUUAACCGCGUGAUAAUGGCGUUCACGAAGUUUCUUUUUAUGUUGUCAUUAAUUACCAUCGCGAGCGCUGGCUUUGUUUGGCAGGACGAUAACUUCCCGGGAUUCCCAAGCGAUAUGUGGCCCUCUAUACAGAUCCCAACGAUUCCGCCAUUCGAUCCCAAAAUUCCUAACUUUUCUUUCUCGUUCCCCUCUCCUGACAACAUUAAGAAAACUAAACCACAACCCGGACAAACCUACAGCGGGGUUUACGUGAGCAGCAGUGGAGGGAAGGGAACUAUGGUUGCAAACAUCAAUGGGGAAGUGAUCGAAAAAAAGUUUGGAGAGGAUUCCAAAAAAUCUAAGAGCAAUUCCUAGAAGAUAGAAGAUUUAAAAUUAAGUAACCGUCAUUUCUCACAUCACACAUUUAUUUCAAUUUAA